AAUUGAAGAUUUUGAUUUAAGGAUUUUUAUUUGUAAGUUGUCAUUUGAAAAUUAAUUUUGUGAAUAUCGUCAUGGAUAAUCGUGGAUGUGAAUGUGUCGUACAAAAAGACAAUACUAAACGUGAUUCAAGGAACAUCAAACCUAACAUCCUAUCACCUAUCUCGACAAAAAAGGAAGCCAUUUAUUUGUCAAACUAUCAUAAUUAUCGUGGAAAGAAUUGCAAUAAAAAUUCCAACAACAACAACAAUACUAUCAACAGUAAUAACAUCGUGAUAGAGAAACGUUCUUUUGAUUUGUUCAAAAAAAAAUCAAUCGUUGUUAAAGAUGAUAAAGAAAAUCGUACGAAAAAUUUCACAUCACCUGUUAAUAAACAACAAGGAAUAUUACAAACUUUGUUAUCUUACGACGAGAAAAACAACAAUGGUGGAAAUUUAUUGAAAAGAAAAAUUCCAAGACCGGCUAAUGCUUUCAUGUUAUUUGCCAAUGAAUGGCGAAAGAAAUUGGCUAAUGAAAAUCCUCGUGAGUCUAACAAGGACAUCAGUGUCAGACUUGGAAUACUUUGGAAAAAUAUAUCACAAGACGUGAAGGAAAGGUAUUUCACAUUGGCACGAGAAGUUGACGCAGAACACAAAAAGAAAUAUCCCGGUAAGUGUUUUAUUUUAUAUUUUAAUAAUUUUCCAAUGUUAGGCGAAAAAGAUAAUAAACUUUGAUCGAGAUUUCAAUGUUUCCACAUUAAAAGUUAUUCUCUCAAAUGAAAACACAGAGAAGGGGUGUAAAAAGUAGAAAUAAAGUAAAUUGAUAUCCAACUGGUGUAAUAUUAAACGAAAGAUUCUUGAUAAUAUCCCAUUAAAAUACGUUCUCUUAACCUUUUAUUCGAAGCUAUUUGCCAAGGUACGUUUAAACACUAUCGAUUCCUUAAUAAUUACAUUUGUUCUCGGAUAAAUUAUAAGAUCAUAACGUAGUUUUCGAUUACACAUGAGAACGUAUUAUAUACCAACUUGAUACUGGGUGUUGGAAAAUUUAUACUAAUAGUAAAACUUCCCUCUAUAAUAAUAAUCUAAAAUAUAUCUAAAAUACACAGAUAACCCUCUUAUAACAUGUGCUAAAUACGUUUCUGCAAAAAUGCCAUGUUUCAUGAGUCCCAUACUUCAUUAUAUACAAUGUGGUAAAAAAAGAGAGACACACAGAACAAAAAACAAAAUAUCGAUCAUUAUAAUCAAAUGGUUUCUUUAAGAACGAUCCGAUAGAAUAUUCCUUUUUUGUCAGAAAACUAUAAGAGAACUCGACAAGCCUGAUGAUGAUUCCCUCUCAGACUUGAUCACCUAUUCUUUCUCUAUUUUUAUUCAUCAUUCUGUUAAGAAGAGGGGGGAAAGGGGGGAGGGAAUGAGGUGGAGUUGGGGGAUUGGGGGUUGAGAAUAUACCAAAAGGGAUAGUACUUUAUAUUAGAUUUGCUAUCGUCAAAGUCAAAAUGUAUAGGGGAUGAAAAAAAAGGUGUGUAAAAGAAAUGUAAAUUGAAAGGAUGAGAGAGAGAGAGAGAGAGAGAGAGAGAAAGGGGAAGGGGGUGAAGAGGAGGAAAGGGAUAGGAAGAGAGGGAUAGGAGAUAUCCUCGGUCGAGUUGACGAGAAACGGGUGGGCGAGGAGGCAGGGGGAUAAGGGGACAAGGGAGUAAAGGGUGGAGGAAACGGUAGAGAGACCGGAGGUAUUGAUUGCGACGCGGGUCUAGGAACCUGUCCGAUACACGACCGCGCUUCUACCUACCUACCUACCUACCUACCUGCUUGCUUGCUUUACUUGCUUUGCUUGCUUGCCUACACCCAUGGAUCAGGCCGAUUAUGCCCUCCGUACUUCUCUUAUUCCACCCUUCCUUCCUUCCUUUCUUCCUUCCUUCCUUCCUUCCUU